AGGUGGAUUUGGUGAGCGAGUCCAGCCGCUUCGACUGGUUUCGAUCUUGUGGUGUUGCGGCGGCGGUGAGUGGUCUGUGCGGGCGAGCAACCGUGGCACCGUGGCAACCUAGCCCAAACCGAGCUACGGCCAUCUUCACCCAUCACCGCCGGAGCUACUUAUACCCUCCACCCUCCUCUCUCCUCUCACUCUGCCCCCCCUCUGCCUACCCCCAUCUCACUCAACCCCCCAUCGCUUCACCACCGCGUUCGCCGUCCGCAUCCGCUGCAACAUUCCUUAUACUCAUUCAGCGAAGCACCGGGCCACUUCAUAGAAACUCACCUGCAUCAUGUCGGCUGAGCCAGACCACACCCAUAAGAAGGUGGACCUCUCCAAGGACCCUUCGGGAGCUGAGCACCACGACAAUGACGAAACCGCAACAGCUAUCCUCAAGAAGAAGAAGAAGCCAAAUUCAUUGAUCGUGACCGAUGCCAUUAACGAUGACAACUCCAUCAUCGCCCUCUCCAACAACACCAUGGAGACCCUGCAGUUGUUCCGCGGUGACACAGUCUUGGUGAAGGGCAAGAAGCGGAAGGACACUGUCCUCAUCGUGCUCGCUGACGACGACCUCGAUGAUGGCUCCGCACGGAUAAACCGCGUUGUUCGCCACAAUCUUCGCGUGAAGCACGGCGAUGUUAUUACGAUACAUCCCUGCCCCGACAUCAAAUAUGCCAAGCGCAUCGCAGUCCUCCCCAUCGCAGACACCGUUGAGGGCAUCACCGGCUCAUUAUUCGAUGUCUUCCUCGCUCCCUAUUUCCGCGAGGCGUACCGACCCGUCCGCCAGGGCGACACCUUCACAGCACGCGGUGGUAUGCGGCAAGUCGAGUUCAAGGUCGUCGAGGUAGAUCCGCCAGAGUUCGGCAUCGUCGCCCAGGACACCGUCAUCCACUGCGAAGGCGAGCCCAUACAACGAGAGGACGAGGAGGGCAACCUCAACGAAGUCGGUUAUGACGACAUUGGUGGAUGCAGGAAGCAGAUGGCUCAGAUCCGCGAACUGGUCGAAUUGCCGCUCCGCCAUCCUCAGCUCUUCAAGUCGAUCGGUAUCAAGCCUCCUCGUGGUAUCCUGAUGUAUGGCCCGCCUGGUACCGGUAAGACGCUAAUGGCUCGUGCCGUCGCCAACGAGACCGGCGCCUUUUUCUUCUUGAUCAACGGCCCCGAAAUCAUGUCCAAGAUGGCUGGUGAAUCCGAGUCCAACCUCCGGAAGGCUUUCGAAGAGGCAGAGAAGAACUCCCCGGCCAUUAUCUUCAUCGAUGAAAUCGAUUCGAUUGCGCCGAAGCGUGAGAAGACCAACGGCGAGGUUGAGCGCCGUGUCGUUUCCCAGCUCCUCACGUUGAUGGACGGCAUGAAGGCUCGCUCCAACGUGGUCGUCAUGGCCGCUACCAAUCGUCCCAACUCGAUCGACCCUGCCCUGCGUCGUUUCGGCCGUUUCGAUCGUGAGGUUGAUAUCGGCAUUCCCGACCCCACUGGACGUCUGGAGAUUCUCCAGAUCCACACCAAGAACAUGAAGCUUGCCGAUGAUGUGGAUCUCCAGACCAUCGCUGCCGAGACGCACGGCUACGUCGGUUCCGAUCUCGCUUCCCUCUGCUCCGAAGCAGCCAUGCAGCAGAUCCGUGAAAAAAUGGAUUUGAUUGAUUUGGAUGAGGAUACCAUCGAUGCUGAGGUCCUCGACUCUCUUGGCGUUACCAUGGAGAACUUCCGUUUCGCCCUUGGUGUCUCCAACCCGUCCGCUUUGCGCGAAGUUGCCGUUGUCGAAGUCCCCAACGUUCGGUGGGAGGAUAUCGGUGGCUUGGAAGAUGUCAAGCGCGAGCUUAUCGAGAGCGUACAGUAUCCUGUCGACCACCCCGACAAGUUCCUCAAGUUCGGUCUCUCGCCUUCCCGUGGUGUUCUGUUCUAUGGACCCCCUGGUACCGGUAAGACUCUGCUCGCCAAGGCUGUGGCGAAUGAGUGCGCAGCCAACUUCAUCUCGGUCAAGGGACCUGAGCUCCUGUCCAUGUGGUUCGGUGAGUCCGAGAGCAACAUUCGCGACAUCUUCGACAAAGCCCGUGCGGCCGCGCCCUGCGUCGUCUUCCUUGAUGAAUUGGACUCAAUUGCGAAGUCGCGUGGAGGCUCCGUCGGCGACGCUGGCGGUGCUUCGGAUCGUGUUGUCAACCAGCUCCUGACUGAGAUGGAUGGCAUGACCUCCAAGAAGAACGUGUUCGUUAUUGGAGCCACGAAUCGUCCGGAGCAGCUCGAUAAUGCCCUCUGCCGUCCAGGUCGUCUCGACACGCUUGUCUACGUUCCGCUGCCCGACCAAGCCUCUCGUGUCAGCAUCUUGAAGGCUCAACUCCGCAAGACCCCGGUUGCUCCGGAUGUUGACCUCGAGUACAUUGCGGCCAACACUCACGGCUUCUCUGGUGCCGAUCUUGGAUUCGUCACUCAACGUGCUGUCAAGCUUGCCAUCAAGCAGUCCAUCUCCAUGGAGAUUGAGCGCCAGAAGCAGCGCGAGCAGGCCGGCGAAGACACGGAAAUGGAUGAGGGCGAGGAUCUCGUCCCUGAGCUUACCAAGGCCCACUUCGAGGAGGCCAUGCGCUCCGCCCGCCGAUCCGUCACUGAUGUCGAGAUCCGGCGGUAUGAGGCGUUCGCUCAGAGCAUGAAGAACUCGGGCGGAUCGAGCUUCUUCCGCUUCCCAGAGGCGGGCGCUGCCCAGACCGAGAACAACAACUUCGGACAGGCUGGGGAGGACGAGGAUCUCUAUUCGUAAGUCUAGACAAGAGUUGGACAAUUUUGUGUUCAUGGGUAUCCGUCUGCGGGGGUAUGGGUCGGUGGUCUCCUGGCGCUCAUGUGGUCAUCAUGCUUUUGCGUGACCAGUCACAAAUGGUUCGGUAUAGAUCGGAGACGAACAGACUAAUGCUGAGGUGGAUACGCUGUAUCUAGGUAUCUCCGGAAGCGAAUCCUACAUAGAAUCUCCUUGAGAAGGUGAAAUGACACGAUAUGUUUUGCGC